AUGGCGGCAACUGUCAGUGGAGUGCUUUGUGUACAAGCAGAAGACGAGAUUAAUCUGCAGGAGGUUGUUGACAAAUUACCAGAAGAUCUGGUCGGAAAAUUGAACAUUUCAGCACUUCCUUCGACAGAGGAAGCAGAAAAACUGGCCAGAGAAAAAUGCAGAAAGGAAAGUGGAAGCGACGAUGCUUACGAUAAAGCUUUUGCCGCCAAAGAUGAGCUUAAGACUUGUUUCACGUCUUUGCUGAAUAUGGAGGAACUUAAACAGGAGAUGGAAAAGGCUAAACCGACAGGAGAUUUAGAUUUAGUUUUUAAAAAAUACUGCCAAUUGACACCCGUCCUUAAACAAUGUGUCUUCAAUUUCACAUUUCGAUAG